UUAUUACUUUGUUGCCAACUCGUGUGUUGCGGCCGGCCGCUCGUGCAUGUCGUUUUCCUGUCGUGUGCACGCGUCGCAUUGAGCUGUCCAUGUUGUAUUUAGUGCACUUCUUGCACAGCAAAGUAGCCCCGGCAGCUCACUUCUUUUAUUCCGCGAAGAUUUUCUGAUCUUUUUAGUCUCAAACAUGUGCGCGGGGCUGCCUGACAUUUCCACCGCACCGGAGGAGCCUCUCCCCGGCACGGGUUUGCACGCAACCCGGGAGACUGUCGUCCUCCCCCGGGUUGUAAAUUUAUUUUGGGGGAAAAGCUGUCGACAGCGUGGCUGAUAGUCUGCGGAGCCGCCGCCGCACCGAAUCGGUAAAAGUCGAUGCCCCCCUCCUCCUCCGUGCUCGGCGGCGGAACAUCGGCUGACAUUCCGAAAGUGUUUUACAGUCGGUGUGAAAUGUCGACAUGUCAACUUUGGCUUCCUCCGAGCGCAGACGUGGUCGGGACGCGGCGGAGCGAAGGGAGGAGGCAUUUUGUGUUCGCACGCUUUGCUGCUGGCGAAAACGACUAAAAAGUGUCAGCGGCGGUGUGAGUCCGCCGAUGGAAAUAGGCUCCAGCAGCCCGAGCUAUGGUCACCUCUGUCCCUCAACUUCACUGAAAUGCUCCACCUCAUUUUCCUUUCAUUUCUCCUUUGUUCCCCUUGUUGUUCCACCAAUUCUUCUGGUGGACGUGUUACUGUAAGUUGCACACAGCUCGCCUCCUCCUCUGGUCGUUUCAUAUGGUGACCAGGUCAUUUGUCUCUUAAAAUGCACAGUACAUGGAGCUGGACGUGUCAGGUAGUGAUGGCACUGGUGAUGGGCUGUAAUGUGGCUCACCGUGGCUCUGUGGGACUGUGUGUGUGUCUGUGAGGAUCUCUCUGCUGUGCCUUUAAGUGGAGGAGUGCUGGAGAUUAGCCUGGUCCAGGAUCCUGGGCCCAUCUGUCAGAGAGAUGCUCCGACAGGGAGGAAGUGUCGGGCACAAGCAGGAGAACCAUCUGCUCCUCCACAGAGGUACCCUGGCACCUCCGUGGACGGUAGCAUGAGGAGUGGACCACACAACACCCCGCAUCACCCACUAGUGUUGUUACUGCGCCUAUAGGAGAUUGCAGAGGGGUGUUUUUUAAUGUCUGAUUGUGCAUGACUGUUUUCUUUUCAUUGAACAUGCUAUUUUCUGCUAAGGGUUAGUUUGCACUUUUCUAGUUUCCUAAUGGACGUUAUUGUGAGUGCAUUUCCAGUCUUUCUGGCCACUCAAAGAGCUUUCAGUACAAGUUGCAUUCACCCAGUCAUGCACACAUUCAUACGCUAUCAAUACAACUAUCGAGGGCAAUUUGGUUCACUUGGAAUCGGAGGGGCUGGGGAUUGAACCACCGAGCUCCUGCUUAGAUCUCUAUAAAAAAGAUUCUGCAUGUGAAUAUGUAGAUUUUGGGGCCAGAAGCCUCCUGGUUUCUGUUUCUAGUUUGACCAAUCAGUUUUUGAGCAAGCUUAGGUUGUUUGCAGGUAAACAGUCUGUGUAGAGCUAGAGAGGCGGAACACACUGACCGAAAUAAAUCAGAUAUUUGCCUUUUUGAUUUAUCUGUAUUCAGAUGCAGAUUGCUGUUAAUAGAGAUUAACCAAAAUGUUGUCUUGACCUGAAAAACCUGCAAAAGUGUCAUUGUUUGUGUUUUGUUUGGCUAAUUUGUCGUCAGGCGAUAGCCGAUAGCCCAACUACUAGCCAAAGAUGAUUCAUCUUUAAAUUAUUGAAUGAUUAUGUGGCCCCUACAACCUCCUUUACCUCUGUGAUGACUGAAGAGUCACAGAGGCUCUAUGUCAGGUUGAAGUCUCCUUUAGUCUUUAUAUGAUGCUCUGGAAGAGACUGAUUGCUAAUUGCCGAAUUUCCCCUGAGCUUGUAUUUCUAUGAGUUGACUGAAGCUGCUUGCACUUCUCAUGCACUGUCCUUGCCUUCACAAUUGUUUACCCAUCAUUGAAUGACAGGAUACGAUCACAGCGCCCCUCUGCAGGCACAUGCACAGCAAAGCUUAUGUUAAAGUGUUCGAUGUAAUUGUGAACUACCGUUAUGUCCUGUAUCACGUACUUUCCCUUAUUAUUGGAAAGAGCAUUUCAUUAUUAUCUCAUUGGACCCUUCCCCCUGUCUUGUGUCCCAACCAGCUCCGUCGCGCGUCUGCUGUCAAGCUGCUGUUUCAUCUCAGAGACGUUUUAGCAUUCUGAUGUGAAAUGUCUCCUCACUAUAAGCUGUGCUUAAUGAAGUGUUUCAAUCUGCUAUAAUUAGCCUCUGUCUCGGGUUUCUGACUUCGUUUCACAAGUUUGUCAGAUUAUAAUUAUACAUACUUGACACUAAUUGGAUGUCGCUCCUGUGGAACAGUUUGACCUUUUUUUUGUAUUAAGUUGAUUCACUUAUGAGAAAUGAAAUGCCGGGUUUGAGUUUGUUGUGGAGAUGUGGCGGCAGAUGAGGCUGCAGCGUGCAAGCCUGUGCACGUCUGUGUGAGGUCCGUCCCUCUCAUCUGAGCAUCGUGAUGGGAGGACGGUAAUCUCCACAAUCUGCUGAUUAAAAUGGAGUCUGGAAUAUUUAAUUAAUAAGGAAGCUCAUAAAGCUGCUCAUAAAAUUUGUAGCCACAGCUGGAGGUUUCUACAGGUUGGACUCAUCUUCCUGGUCCUUCCUCCAAUUAUCUGCUACCCUGCCGGUGUUGAGAAACCUACACUUUGAAUGAGUCAGGCUCUUUAUUGGCUCUUGAGUGUGUAGGUGUAUGGUCUGGUUUUACUCCUGCCCUCAGCCAGACUGAUGUUCUGAUUGGUGCAAUCAGAGGUGGUUGUAAGGAUGCAGUCACUCUAUACGACCUCCUCUUUCCCUGCUCUUGUUAUGUGGUAGCUGUAGCUUCCUGUAAAACAGAUGUGCACCUGCAGAUUUGAAAGCCCUCCUGAACAGAGCAGACGUGACUGAAGUUAUGUUUUUCUAGAUCAUCAUGAAUCACAUCUCCUCAAUGCUGGUUAAAAGUGUAUAUAUAGAAGUUUUAGUGUGGCCGCAGAUCACACUGUGAGCUGCUGUACUGCAAACCCAAGUUUUGUCAUUAGAUAUGCAAAACAAGCGUUGACGCAUGCUCGCAUUACGGACGCAGCCAUGUGACAUGGCCAACCGUUGACAGGAACACGUUGAUAGCGGAGGCCCCUGCUGGCCACAAGACUUGCUUUUUGUUUUCCACCCUAGUGCACACACUCACCUUCUCUACUCAACUGGAAGAUAUAGAGGGGGUGUGCCACAUACUGUACCUCUGAGGCACCUUUUGUUAAGCCCUGAAACACGUGAAAUCAGAAUGUUUCUAGUUUACUCUGAGUCCUUGAGUCUGCAGGAUUUUGUCACCAUCUGACAGAGCCAGGCUUAAAGGUUGGGCGACCAGUUCUAUAAGGAGGCCAUCGAGCAGUGCCGCAGCUACAAUGCCCGCCUCUGUGCUGAACGCAGCGUCCGCCUGCCAUUCCUCGACUCACAAACUGGUGUGGCUCAGAACAACUGCUACAUCUGGAUGGAGCGGCACCACCGUAGCCCUGGGGUUUCAGCCGGGCAGAUGUACACGUACCCCGCCCGCUGCUGGAGAAAGAAAAGACGGCUGCACAAUGCCACGGAUCCCCGCCUGGGCAUCUAUGGUCUGCAGCUCGACGGCAGCCUCAUGUCCAAGGACGCCUUGCCCACUCAGAGCACCACACUGGAGGCGCUGCUGCGGGGAGAGGGCCUAGACAAGAGGAACGCGAAGAACGACGAGGAGAGCCUGCUGGAGAUCCAGAGGGUUCUGGAAGCAGACGCAGCAGAAGACGCUUUCAACGAUGAUGACGACUACGAGGUGGACACUCCCAAAAGGAGACAUCGAGGCAAAGGAAGAGGUCGGGGUUCAGGCCGCAGGAGGACAGACCAGGAUGAUGACAAGCCAUACGUCUGUGACAACAGAUACAAACAAAAGCAGAACUCAAAAUCUUCGACCUCAGUCUGUGCAAAGCGCUACAGGAACCGUACAGGACUCAGUUACCACUACACCCAUUCCCACCUGGCGGAGGAGAACAGAGCUGGACAGAGGAACAAGGUGGCGUCCAGAUCGCCCUCUGUACCACAGACUGACAGACACAAACGUCCAAAGGGUCCAGGUGGGACGAGCAUUCCCAGCAACUACUGUAAUAAAUGCCAGGGCAAGAAAACGGGUAAAUCUGGGUCUCCCUUCUCAGCCUGCCAAUGCACAACUGCCCGCAGAGAAGAGAAGGAAGACGGGACCUUCACCGGAGCCGAGGAGCUUUUUGGCACCACCUCAGAGAGCGACACUUCCACCUUUCACGGCUUUGAGGACGACGAGCUGGAGGAGCCGGCCACAAAUAGCAACGGAAUAACCAAUCGACACAGAUAGAGCGAACCUUUAAGAUUUCAAGAGACAAUAUUUUGUUUUAUAUAUGGAUUAACCUCUGGCAAAAAUUUGCUGCUUCUUUUUCAAUGUUUUUUGUUUGCAGAAAGCACAAAGUGAUAAUUUCAGGACAGAAAUGCAAGUGGUAUUUUAUCUACUGAACAUUGUUGAAUAAUUUAUGAACUCCCUUUUUUUAUAUAUAAAUAUAUAUAUUAACUUUUAAGGCAAUGGACGACUCAGUGUUUGUUGACGAGUGACUUGGCCUUCAAUGCAAAACAGAAGAUGAUUUUUGGAGUUUUUUCCCCCCUCACUGGAGCAGAAGAAGCAUAAAUAUGACAAACAAAAAACACUGGAGAAAUCUGAAAAUUGAACAAGUGAAAUUUUUCAAGACGUGAAUAAUUCGCGUGGGGGUUGAUUGAAUGUCACUGCAGACCCCUACUUGAGCUACAAGAUGUUUUUGAAUCAGCAGUGGCUGUUGCUAUGAAGGCCUCCUCUUCUGCUCUAUCUUUGGAUGAAACUUGUAUGAAAAUGAAGGAACCAAUGAAAGGACUGCCACAGGCCACUGGAAGUGUUUGGAUGAAGAAAUCUAUUAACUUAAGUCUUUACAGAAACCGUGUAGUUAUAAAAAGAAAGGAGCAGUCAGCACAUGGGCCCAGCGGGGGGGGGUGACCAGUGAAGAAGAGGAUUUAACCCUCAAACUAAUGAGCCUUCAGCUCCCUCCUGGUUUGGGCCUAAAACAACUGACUGAAAUGGACAAACACACGUCCACCUGUUCUAUAGGCUGUGUGGCUUAAUUGAACUGCUCCCUCGAUGAUAUGUAUCGAUCCCUUCUCAACAUUUGAUCUGUGACUACAUCCAGCUUCAUUUUAUCCUCUCUGCACUGUGUUGGAGCUCCACUGAACUAUGGGAACACUAAAGGCCAGGCCUUUGGACUGUUUAGUGCCCACCGGGUACAUUUGGGGCCCCCGCGGUCCAGCCUGCCCACUCCUGCUCUGUGACUGUGUGUCUGCUGUGUGAUCCGAUGUGACACUAAGACGUCAUUAUCCUCAUCACUGUGCCAGCCCGCCGCUCUGCACUGGAAACCAGCCCUGACAGCCAUGACCCUCCAACCUGAUUGGACCAGUGACCCUCUGACCCCCAGCCAUAGAGAUGGUGCUCGAAUCCACCACUAUUACAUUCAGACCUCUGGACUACUGUAUUAAUACUCUGACAUGGACGCAAAGGUUUUCUGCUUCUGUCCCUCUGUCUGGUUUUGCUAUAUCUCUUCUGCCUCUCUCAUCUCUUAUGGGUCGCAGUAAUUGAGCUCUUUUUUUUUUUUUUCAUCUUUUCUCUGUUGUAUAAUAUUUCUAUGUUUUGAACUCUUUCAAGUUUGAUUAGUAUGACUUCUUGGGUUUGUUCAGACUGUAUUGAUACCUCUGUCCUGAUCAGGUGCACAAUAGCCACAACUACUCAGGCAUCUUUCAUUUCCUCUGCUGUUGAUUGUUCAGCCAUUCAGCCCUGAUUCAUGUGAUUGUAUUCAGUUGGCGAGGAGGGACGGUAACGCCACACAAGGAUCCCAUUAUAAUCAACUACCAGGAGGGAUCUGGGACGCCACAGUCUCGUGCUAUAGGAAAAAAAUAACAAGCUUCAACUCUCUGUCUCAUCUGUGCUGAAUUUACCCGGUGUCACGCUCGCCAUCCACUUUUUGCCUAAAAUCUACAGCCUCAGUAGAUUUUGCCAAGAGUGAAAUUCAUCUCCGAUUCAUUUAAAAACAAUAUUGUUGCUACAGCUACAUAAACUCCUCAGAUCUACGUACUUACUGAGAAGUGAAAACUGUAUAAACCCGGUUAUGUGACAUUUCCGUUGAGUGCUUUUCGAGGGCCCAUUUGCUUUAUGACAUUUAGAAGGUGCUUGAAGUACUGUAAAAAAAAAGAAAAGAAAAAAAAGCCUUUUAGUUCUAUAGGUUGCACAUGCUGCAUAAGAGGUCCACUUCCUUCCAUGUAAUUAUUCAGUAUCACUGCAAUGUAAUGAUAGCUGCUCCGUUUUUGAAGCUAACCAUUAAUCCUAUGUGUUUUGUUUAUGACUUUCUUGUGCAUUCAAACCAACGUUCUUCACUUCCCUCAGGGACCCUCCACAUCGCAGUUUUAUCUCCUCUGGACAAACAGAGGAUCUGAGACCCGUCAGUUAUCUCGUCUUCGUCUCUUGUGUCGGUAACGUGGCGUUUCCACAGUUACAACUGUGUCUUCUAUCCUCUAACGUCACGCCAGUCAGUGAAAAGCAUGAUGUGUCAUCAGUCAUAACCUGCUCAAUGUUACCGAUCGUGUACAAACAGGCCUCGCAUGGUGCAGUUCUGAACAAAAAGGAGAAGCUCCGAGAUGCAAAUGUCAGUGAUGUCCGCUUCAAAUAACGUGUCACCAAUCAUUGAAUAGCCUGUAUACCUCGUCAAAAGACACAGCAAUAGGCCCCGGUUCUCCCCUGUCAAACCUGCCAGGGGCGGAGAGGGAGGAUCGGGGUGGGAACGGAGCCAAGAGGAGAUGAAAUGGACAUGACUGGGCAUUUGUCUCAUCUUCACCUAUAAAUACAAGGCGAACUGGAGAGAAUGAAGAAGUCUUCGUUUGUUAAACUAUUUUUAUUGUUCUGAGAAAAAUAAAGAAAAAAAUAGAGAAUGAA